AUUUAAAUGUUACCAAAAAAGACGUGUAAAAUUAGUUGAUGUUUGGACGUUGUCUAUUAGUGCUUUCCUUUAACAGGUGCAUACUUAUUCACUAGGCUAUACUGAUUCAGUUUCUUUUGCGAAGUAGUGGUGGGCCUUCAUGAAAGUUCUUUUGAGAAGCCUAUAGAAACUGGAACGUCCCUGUAGGGAACAAAAGUGCAGGUCGUGGUACAAAACAAAAGAGAUUUUUAGUACAUUCAUCAUCAGAAAGGGCAUUAUCAUUGAAACAGUAUAAUUCCAUGAUAAAUCACGUUGCACCCAUUGUUUAUGACUGUAUAUAAUACACUGUAAUAUACAGAUUAUACAUUCAGCUAACUUUUAAGUCUUCCAAAGUAAGAAUAUAGUAACUACAUCGAAUUAUUUCAGUUGUAUUUUGUUAAAAAAAAACAGAUCCACAGACCGCCCGAGCAAAAUUUCGUUGUGCUGAUGCCUGACCUGCUAUUGGUGCUUGUUUACACGAUGCCCACAGGAGGCGCUGAUUGGUCGCAUUUCUCACGUGACCGACCAACUUUGUACAUUUGACAGGGGAGUAGGUGGGUUUUGGAGAGAUCAGAAAAACGACAGCACGAUAAAAAUUAGAAUUGUUGCACUUUACAAAUUAAUGAUCAUGAGUUCCUACUUGAUCAAUUCAAAUUACAUCGAACCGUCUUUUCCACCCUGCGAAGAAUACCAGCAAAACGGAUACAUGCCUAUGCCUUCUGAUUAUUAUGAGCGGCCGAAGGACUCGGGCUUCCCCCAUCACGAGGAGGCAUCAUUCCCGCGAUCAAACUACCAAGAACCGAGCUAUGAUUACGGUAAUGUGUCAACCAACGGCCUCAACGACUUCACAGACCGUCAUCACGCGCAACCUCAAUCCGUUCCGCAGAAUCAUGGACCCCACCUCGGUACAGAGAGCUGUGCUGUUUCAACUGAAAACAAGGAGUGUAGCCUUGUGUCUGAGACUCUCCCAGGCGCCCAGAAGGGCAAGGAGCCGGUGGUAUAUCCCUGGAUGAAAAAAGUCCACGUUAAUACUGUGACCGCCAGCUACUCUGGAGGAGUGCCCAAGAGGUCUCGCACCGCCUACACGCGCCAGCAGGCUCUUGAGCUUGAGAAAGAGUUUCACUUUAACCGAUAUCUGACUCGACGUCGACGAGUGGAGAUCGCGCACACUAUGUGUCUUUCUGAACGUCAAGUGAAAAUCUGGUUUCAGAACCGCCGCAUGAAGUGGAAGAAGGACCACAAGCUUCCCAAUACAAAGAUCCGUUCCUCGAGUUCUGCGUCCUCCAGCCAUCACGUGAAAACGGACGCCAGUCAGCAGCAGCAGCAAACACUACUUCCUACGUCUUGCUCCUCGAACCUAUAGUACUUGAGGCACAUCUGCACAAACGGACCUGAACAAGAAAGAAGAAUACAUAUUAGAAUUAGGAUCGGAACUUCACAGGGUUACUUUUUCGAUGUCCGAUAAGGCAACGUCACUUCGCCUCCCCAACCUCUUCUUUCACACUUAUUUGAGCUGGGAAACACACAUGUCCUGUAUAGAUAGUUGUUUUUUUCGUAAUGGAACAAUUGUAGAGUGUAAUUUAACUUGAUUAAUGGAUCGUUGCGUUCUUUUUCUCUAACCAAGGCAUACGAACAAUGCUGGUAACGCGUGUACAAAUUCCAUUGACAAUUUAAUAUGAAGGCACAAGUAUAGGAGCGAGCUAUGUGAGGUAGUGAUCAUAUUUGUUAGUUAAAUUUUUAGUGUAUUGUGUCUGUAUUUACGUCAUCAAAGCUGUGAAUAUUCGUGUAUUUGGUUAUUUGUAUAUUGGUGAAAGAUGUCAAGAUGUUUUAGUAAGCCUGUAUGCAAGUAACUGUAGGCAACCAGUGGAAAUAAUAAAUAUGAAUUUAUUGUGUACAAUCCCUUUAGACUAAUCCCUAGCUAGGACCAAUGUUGGACCAAGAUGUAUUUACCUUUGUACAUGUUUACAGAGGCGUGAUACUUUUUUAUUUAAACGUGUUCACAAAUUAUAAUUCACAAAAAAAAAAAAAAACGUUUAAAGACAUACCCUUCGUUAAAGACUGUUAAGUGUCAAUUAACACAUAAACGGGAAAUUGUUGGAAGAAAGCUUGCCACAAGACUCUGUAAAAUACAACGCAUAAUUUCACACCAAUAUUUUCUUAUCGUGACUUUAUGCUUUUACGAACCAAAGUAGUUCGCCACCAAACCGGUGCAUUAAAAUUUUACGUUUUUAUUUAAUCCAAAAAUGUAUCAAGUUAAAGCAUAAUUAAACAGAAUUUAGCAGUUAUUUAUUACUACUCCUUUUUGCCAAGUUAUUUAAUUUCAAGGAUAUAAUGUUAGAAAAUGUAUCAUUCGACUA